CCUAAAAGGAGGUUUUAAUUUAAAACAAAAAGUUAUAUAUUUUUCCCAUCCAAUAAUGACUCCAACAAACUUGUUAUUAAAAAAUUCGCUUAAAAUAAUAACCAGAUUCUAGGGCUUUGAAUAAAAAUUCGUGACAUGUCGGUAAAUUAUUAGCAUUCGCUUUAAACAAAGAAUCUGUAAAAAGAUUUAAUUAAUUUCCUGUUCAUGAAUCUGAUAUCCAUCUCAUCUCUAUUUUUACCAAUCAACAUUCUCAGAUUUUCGGAUGUUGUUCAUGUCGUCGUCAAUCACGAUUUUGAUUCUUUAGCUUCUCAAUAAUCACGUUUUUUUUUUUUGUAUUUAUUGGAUCGAGGAUAUACAGGAAACAGGAAUCUGAAUUCGUUCGAUUUGAUUAUGCUUUGAGAGGGGGGACGAGAAUGUGGUGGAUCUUGUAAAAGUGAAGUUUGAUUUGAUCCGGACACGGAUAAAAAUCAGAACAAGCGUCACUGAAACUGAGUUGACUUGGAAAAGAAAAGAACCGCUUUUUAAGUUGCUGAGAUGGGUUGUCAGUGCUCUAAGCUAACGCCAUGUUGCUGGGAUUCACAGUUCAAAGCAGCAGUGUUAGAAGCCCCUGAUUUUGAGACUGAGGAAAAGAGUGAGGUUGAUCACUUGCCUGCGUUUAGGGAAUUCACGUUGGAGCAACUCAAGAAUGCAACAUCUGGAUUUGCGGUGGAGAAUAUCGUUUCUGAGCACGGGGAGAAAGCUCCCAAUGUUGUCUAUAGAGGGAAGUUGGAGAAUCAGAGGAGAAUUGCUGUUAAACGUUUCAACAGAAUGGCUUGGCCUGAUUCGCGGCAAUUUUUGGAGGAAGCAAGAUUAGUUGGUCAGCUACGCAACAAUAGAUUGGCCAAUUUGCUUGGCUGUUGUUGUGAAGGCGAUGACAGGUUGCUUGUGGCAGAGUACAUGCCCAAUGAGACACUCGCAAAACACCUUUUUCAUUGGGAAACACAACCAAUGAAAUGGGCCAUGCGAUUAAGGGUUGUACUCCAUCUUGCACAAGCUUUAGAAUACUGCACAAACAAAGGCCGUGCGCUAUAUCAUGAUCUCAAUGCCUAUAGAGUUUUAUUUGAUGAGGAUGGAAAUCCGAGACUUUCAACCUUUGGCCUGAUGAAAAACAGUAGAGAUGGAAAAAGUUAUAGCACAAAUUUGGCAUUUACUCCUCCUGAAUAUUUGAGAACUGGAAGAGUAACACCAGAAAGUGUAAUAUACAGCUUCGGCACUCUUCUACUCGAUCUUCUCAGUGGAAAACAUAUCCCUCCUAGCCAUGCACUUGACUUAAUACGAGACAGAAAUCUUCAAAUGUUGACUGAUUCCUGCUUGGAAGGGCAGUUUUCUGAUAAUGAUGGUACUCAGCUAGUUCGCUUGGCUUCUAGAUGUUUGCAAUAUGAACCCAGAGAGCGGCCAAAUCCUAAAUCAUUAGUUGCUGCUUUGACACCCCUUCAGAAAGAAGUUGAGGUUCCUUCGCAUGUCUUGAUGGGUAUCCCAAACAUUGCUUCCUUCACUCCACUAUCCUCAAUUGGGGAGGCUUGCUCAAGAGGGGACUUGACUGCUAUACAUGAGUUCUUAGAGAAUCUUGGCUACAAGGAUGACGAAGGAGUGGUAAAUGAGCUCUCCUUCCAAAUGUGGACUGACCAAAUGCAGGAAACCUUGAAUUCAAAGAAAAAGGGUGAUGCUGCUUUCAAGCAGAAAGAUUUUAAAGAAGCAAUUGAGUGUUACACUCAGUUCAUUGAUGUUGGUACCAUGGUUUCUCCAACUGUUUUUGCACGGCGUAGCUUGUGUUAUCUCAUUAAUGACAUGCCUCAAGAAGCUCUAAAUGAUGCAAUGCAAGCCCAAAUGAUUUCCCCAGUAUGGCACAUUGCUUCCUAUCUUCAGGCCACUGCACUUGCUGCUCUUGGAAGGGAGAAUGAAUCUCAAACAGCACUUAAGGAGGGUGCAACUCUUGAAGCCAAGAGAAGCUCAGUGGCUGGGAAAAAGUAAACGGUGAUGCGCGGACUGUGAAUCUCCUAGUUGCAGUGCUUUGUAGAUGACUGCCUGGCAUUGAUUUUGGGAGUCCUUGAAGACCGCGCAACCACAUGUCAUUCAUUCCAUAAUUCAGCCAUACGAGAGCAUAUAUUUUCCCUGGAGAAUGCCUUCAGAGAAUCAUGGUAUUUGGACAGGAUGUAGUCAUUGGUUUCAAAUUUCUUUCCCAUUUUUAUUACUAUUUUUUUCUUAUAAUUAUGUGAGGGUUCUUUCAUUCUUUGUUCGGUUUGAUCAAUUGUGCAUGUUAUGUAACAAAUUCUUCCCAGUCACAUUGAUUAGGAACGGAGAAACAUUUUCUUCCCCUUGUGUUACCUUGUUCAGACGAGAGAAAAUGAGGCAAAAGUUGUUUCUACUCAGUUCACAAGCUUGUAAUUUCUGUAUGGAUCAUUACUGGCUGCUUAGACUUAGCAA